AUGCCCAUGCUUCCUCCAUCUAUCGACUGGAUAUAUGUAGAGGGAUCGGUGGUGCCCUGCUUUUGGGGACCUGACCCUAUUUGGCGCGCGGCGUCCGGCGCGCCUAUAAAAUGCAGCGCCCUCCCAUCGCUCUUUACCUCGCUACGCGCCCUCUGCCGUUUUCUCGCCUCGCCACCACCGCACCGCCGGGGAGGUUUGGGCUACCGCGGCGUCCGCGCGUGCCCGUCCGGCGCCUUCUCCGCCGAGAUUCGGUCCGACGACGUGCGCCUCGGCCUCGGCACCUUCGAGACCGCCCACAAGGUCGCCCGCACGUACGAUGCGGCGGCGUGGCACCUCCGGCGGUCCGGGUGGGACAUGAAUUUCCCGGAGGUGCCGACGCUGGAGAUGGCGGAGGAGUUGGCGCCUCCCCCGCGGCUUAUCACCAACGAGGAUCGUCGCGAGACCCGGAGGCGCCAGCGCCAUCUCAGCCUCGCCGAGAUGGACGAGGAAGCCAUGGAGCAGUGGCGCAAACGCUUCCUGCAAGACGUCAUCAACGAGCAGCAGUUCUUCGCGCAAAGGAGGACGGAGAGGGAGGAGAAGAGGGCGGAGCGAGCCGCCUAUCGCGAGGACAAGCGACGCGGAAGGCGGCCGCUCAGUUCAACAUCGAGCUAG